GCCACUCAGUCAGUGUAUCGGCCCCAUCUGCACGCCUCUCCACGCUCGCGAAUCGUAAGACGGUCGGCAACACUGUCACUUUCAAAAGACGGGGAAAUGUACUGACUGCACGGACACCACUCAAGGCACUGAACACAUACUUGAAGAUAUAUUGACAGCAAUUUCGAAGCCUUGUGGAUUAUUUUACCUUAUCAUCAUGCAAAUGAUGGAGGAAUGCAGUUCCCAGAGACUGGCCUGGGAUGGCGACGCAAAGGCAAUGCAGCAGUGUUUAACGGAUAUUUUUACCAGCGUCUACACAACAUGCGACAUUCCAGAAAAUGCCAUUUUUGGCCCAUGUGUUCUGAGUCACACUUCACUGUAUGACAGCAUCGCAUUUAUUGCCCUGAAGUCCACAGACAAGCGAACGGCGCCUUACAUAUUCCGGGUGGACACUUCUGCUGCCAACAGUUCCUCAGAAGGACUUAUGUGGCUGAGACUGGUGCAGUCUGCGAGAGACAGAGAUGAACAGAAUUUAGAGGCCUAUGUGAAGAACGGCCAGCUUUUCUACAGGUCACUGAGGAGAAUAGAGAAAGACGAAGAGCUCCUGGUUUGGUACGGCAAGGAUCUUAUUGAGCUGCUGCUCCUAAGUACAGGAAGAAACCAUGUCAAAAAUAAAGGAACUUCACCCUUUUUGUGCCCAGACUGUAGCCAACGUUUUCAGUUUGAGUUUCCCUUUCUGGCUCAUCUAAGGUUUCGCUGCACUAAGAGGCUACAAAGCAUGGGAAGCCCAGAAGAGGAGGCCAGGGAUACAAGUGACCAGGCUAGUCUACCUCCUGCCAGGUCCAGUCCCAAGCUGGGCCGAUCUGAUGGCUUUUCCAAUCCGCAGGACGGAAAACCAUCCACAGACUUCCAUAAUCUUGCCAGGGAUUUAGAGAAUAAUAGAACCAGUCCACCAAGCGACAAAGAGGCUGAAAUCCUGAGCGAGAACUCUGGAAAGCGCAAGUUCUCCGACAUGGAGGACAGCAGGAAUUGUGGAUUAUCCCGGCCUCUCAAGUCCAAAGAGGAGUUGGCCAACUCGGCACAGCAGUACCGUGGUGUGUACGGUCUGGAUGAGAGCAGGCGGGCUUACUCUCCUUCUGUUACAGAGUCAACAGAAACCAAAAGAAGCGCUUUUACAGAGGUCAAAAAGUCACCUCAGAGCUUAAAGCACAGUGGCAAAAACUCCAGCAACUCUGAGAACAAGGAGGUUGGUCGGCCCAGCAGCAACCCGACUGAAAAACACCUAAACAUCAGACAGGUUCUCAGCGAGACUCAGCCCCCGCAGUCCAGAAUGGAGACCUCAUCAAUUGGCAGUGCUUUCACUUCGGUGCCCCAGCAGGGCGGUGGAGGAUCGGAGAGAAAGAGUGCCUUUAGCCAGCCGUCUCGCACCUUCUCACAGCUAUCACCUCUCGUCAUGGCACCCAAGCUUCUGCCGGCAGUAGACUGCCAUCCUGCGGUGGGUGACACUGUCUCUUCCAGUAGACUUUACCAGGCAGACCACCUCGCCGCAAAGCUCCAGGGCUCAGAACUAGGCAGCAACUGCCCUGUGCCGGGUGGGAUGGCAAAACAGAACCCUUUCCUAUAUGCCACAGCUUUCUGGCCAAAGACCUCAGGCCCCAUCCAGCUGCAGAUGCCCUCUGCUCUUACACUACUGCCCCCUUCGUUCACUUCUCUUUGUCUACCUGCCCAGAACUGGUGUGCCAAGUGCAAUGCCUCCUUCCGCAUGACCUCUGACCUAGUCUACCAUAUGCGCUCACACCACAAAAAGGAAUAUUCAAUGGAACCACUGGUUAAAAGAAGGAGAGAAGAAAAGUUAAAGUGUCCAAUCUGUAAUGAAUCUUUCCGGGAGCGGCAUCACCUUUCCCGACACAUGACGUCUCACAACUAAGUUUUUAAGGAUUAAUAUUUCAUUUUUUCCUACUUUCUUUUUAUCUUGGUAAAGGAGAAGUUCCAAUUUUGUAUCAAAAGGGAAUACGGUUAAUCUGGAUGAGUAAUUUGUUCUCAAUUCGAAAAGACGUUGUUGUUUGAUUUCUUCAAAUGUCAUGUUUUUGUGUAUGAAGAUACAUUUUGACUUAUUGUAAAAACCUAAAAUCUAUUUAUUAUAUGAAGCACUUAUUAUUUGAAAAAGGACAAUAUUAAUGUAAGUGUUCUUUGAACUCUGUACAUAUUAAUGUAUAAUGUACAUAAAUCAAGAUGCAGAUCCAUUUCUUUGAGAUUUAUUCAAUGACGUUAUCUAUAUAUGCAUAUAAGGAUAUUGAAAACUGGGAAUAUGUUGUGUAUUUAAGAGUGCAUGUAAAUUAUAGGGACUGGUUUAAAAUGCAUUCUAUUUGAAACAAUGUAAAUACUUGUUUUGUUUGAAUACAAAGUGUAAUAUUUUGUGUCUGUGAAGAAUAGAUAAGUGUUUCUUCCUUUUGCUGAAAUUUACUAUUUGAUAGUUUAUCUAAUCAUGUUGAAUGCUUUGACAAUAAAAUAGAUUUAUUUUCA